CAUCAAGCUAUCAUUCCCUCCAAGGCUCCACCAUAACACCCCACCUGACUUAUAUCAUUGAUCACCAUCCUGAUCACCAUGGUCCAGCUCGUUUGGCCGGUGUGAGACUGGACGGAUGCUUAUACAACUCCGACUUUACACCUUUCAUCUCGAACCGUCUCACUGUUUCCGCUUCGUGCCCUCUCUCGGGAAAUGCCGUGGUUGAGGAGCUCUUGAUAGCCUCAGCAACCUUGGAACGAUAAGGACCUUCAGGUCUCAGCCUUCAAGAUGAUGGCUUCAAAUUUGCUGUCUCGGCUGCUGCCUUCUGCGGCGGGCUCGCCAUCCGUCUACGAAACAUUAAGGCAGCAAGACCAUGCCUCUGACGGUUCAGACAUCGAGGAGCGUGCAGGAAUGGCCCUCGACGAACAGAAUCUAGACGAACCGUUCCACGAUUAUGACCUAGAGCAUGCCCUAGCUGAUGCCACCGAGAGUCAAGUUACCACUGAAAGCACUGCUUUUCCCAAGGAUUAUCGCGGCAGAAGUACGACAUCACCGCAAGCCGGCCCUUCCAAAGGCCCAUUGGGACGGGGCAUUAGUCGACCGAAAUGGAUGAAAGGUUCUCCACGGGGGCUCGAUGCGGAAGAACCAGAUGAUGAUGUGCCCCAGUCUCUACUGAUUGAAGGGGGUGAUGCAGCCCGACCUACUGCCCUUGGCAAUAGUCCCAGCCGCAGAGCACAUAUUACACUUGCGGACCCUCCGGUACCUGGUCUGCCAACCCGUGAGGCUCGAAAACAGUGGGAGACUACUCGGACACAGCAACAACUACAUCCGGAUAUGCAGAUUCCUCGGGCUAGAAGACAACCUACAGUGCCAGCAGGCGCUGGACUUAUGGCUGCAAACCCCAAGGAGAAAGCCAUGUGGAUGUGGGCCAACGUGGAAGAUCUUGACAACUUUCUGAAGGAUGUUUAUGACUAUUUUCUUGGCAAUGGUAUUUGGUGCAUUAUGCUUAGCAGGGCACUUAAUCUCUUGACACUAGCAUUCGUCGUUGGUUUUAGCACAUUUUUAACCAUGUGUAUAGACUAUAAGAGCAUCCCUCAAAGCAGGAGUAUGUCGCAAAUUACAAUAGCAAAGUGCACGAAGAACAUGUCCGGUUCGGCCAACUUUUUACUUUGGCUGUUCUCCCUUUUCUGGAUAGGAAAGCUCUUCCAAUAUAUUCUUGAUAUCCGUCGCUUGCGUUAUAUUCAAAAUUUCUAUCAUUACCUUCUGGAUAUACCGGAUUCGGACAUUCAGACGAUCUCGUGGCAAGAAGUAGUCGCACGCCUUAUGGCACUUCGGGACUCGAAUCCUACAACUGCUCAGGCCAUGCACCCACAUCAUCGCAAAUUCAUUGGCAGCCAGUCGAAGCAACGUAUGGAUGCGCAUGACAUUGCAAAUCGUUUGAUGCGCAAGGAAAACUAUUUGAUUGCUCUGUUCAACAAGGAUAUCCUUGACCUGACACUUCCCAUUCCCUUCUUAAGGGACCGACCUCUGUUCUCAAAAACUCUAGAGUGGAAUCUCAACCUUUGCAUUUUAGAUUUUGUGUUCAAUGAGCGAGGUCAGCUACGCCCGCUAUUUUUGAAGGAUACCCAUCGUCGUGCGCUCAGUGAAGGGUUACGCCGCCGGUUUCUCUUUGCAGGUAUCAUGAAUGUCAUUUGCGCCCCUUUUAUUAUCACGUACUUUAUGAUGCUUUACUUUUUCCGUUAUUUUAAUGAAUAUAAGAAGAAUCCGGCCCAAAUCGGCUCGCGCCAGUAUACGCCUCUGGCUGAGUGGAAAUUCCGAGAAUUUAACGAGCUGUGGCAUAUUUUCCAAAGGCGUAUCAACAUGUCCUAUCCCUUUGCGUCUCGCUACAUUGAUCAAUUCCCCAAGGAUAAGACCAUCCAGCUGAGCCGGUUCGUUGCGUUCGUUGCCGGUGCCAUCACUUCAAUAUUAGCUCUAAUAACUCUCAUUGAUCCGGAGUUAUUCCUUGAUUUUGAGAUUACUCCGAAGCGAACCGUCAUCUUCUACCUCACCUUGUUUGGAGGUAUUUGGGCCGUUGCCCGGGGCGCUAUCCCAGAAGACAAUCUUGUGUUCGAUCCCGAAUUCGCUCUCAAUAAUGUCAUAGAGUAUACGCACUACGUUCCGGCACAAUGGCAAGGACGUCUCCACAGCGAUGAUGUUCGCAAGGAGUUUUCCAUGCUUUAUCAGAUGAAGGUGGUCAUAUUCCUGGAGGAGCUGAUGAGCAUCAUCUUCACUCCCUUUGUUUUAUGGUUCAGUCUGCCUAAGUGCAGCGACCGCGUGGUAGAUUUCUUCCGCGAAUUUACAGUCCACGUGGACGGUCUGGGCUAUGUGUGUUCAUUUGCCGUUUUCGAUUUUCAAAAGGGGCCCCACGACCCAGGGCGUCCUCGUCAGCAACCAACUGAUGGUCAGCAUGGCCUUCGGGACGAUUAUUUCUCUACCAAGGAUGGCAAGAUGUUGGCUUCAUACUAUGGGUUUUUGGAUAAUUAUGCCGGCAAUCCUCGUCCUGGCGCCCCUCAUGGCAGCACCGGAACAAAACGUUCUUUCCAUCCACCGCCCGCAUUUCCAGGGCUCAUGUCACCCCUGCUUGCAGCGGAAAUGAGUGGAGCCGCCAACGGCCGGCCUCCGCGAUCUGCAACGCGCCCUGGCACCGCGGGCACUAGCGGAAGGGGACCACCACGGACGCCCAAGUUUGCGCCGGCGGGUAUGACUGCAUCCCCUAUGCCGUCGAUACUCCUGGAUCCGCAUCAUCAGCCAUCCGCUUCUGGCUUCCGAACCGUCCCUCGGCAUGGCACGCAGUCUCGAUAUCGCACUUCGCGACAUCCGCUAACGGAGCCAAUUCAGGACGCAGAAGAAGGGCCAUCUGACAGCCUCGAGCGUCGUGGCGGAGUCACGUCCAGCGGAUCGGCCGGUGGUCUUGCGACAGAGAGUAAUCUCGGAGAGUCCUGGAAGACGACUCGUGCCGGGACCGGCGAGGUGGAUGAAGGCGAGGGUGAAGAGGCUGAGGCGCUUGCAGGCGAUAAGGGUGCUGGUGUUUUGGGUCUCAUUUAUCAGUUCCAGAAAGCUCAGACAGAAGGCAGAGGGACGGGCGUCAAUAUUUGACCUGGACUGGACGCGUCACUCGAAUUACAAAUUAUCAUUUCUUGCAUGGUGUUUUUCUGUAUUGGGAGUUCUACUCUUUCCCUACCGAUUGUCUAUUGAUGGAUUAUAGACGUGGUAAAUGCAUCCACACGAUCGAUGCCGGUCGUCAUGAUUAUUAGCGUUCACGUUAAUCAGUACAGCAGCAGCAGAGUGUUAUCUUAGACCUGGUAUACGAGCAUUAAGAGAAGAAAUACCAUGAC